AUGGCUGAGUAUGCUGUGGUGGAAUUUGUUCAUGAAAAUGCUGUGGAAGUUGUCCACAAUUCCUGGAUUGAGAAUACCAGUGAGGGAUUGUAUAGCUACUGGCCGACAUCGGGGGCAUCUCAGAAAGCAAGGAAAGGUGAGCUGCCUGAUAAGCAACGGUGGCAAAAGUUCGAAGUUAGGAUGUUUUCUUAUACAGCUUCCCAUGAAAAAGCCCUACGCAAUGCUAAACAAGCAGAAAACACAUCAAAAAUGCAAUCAGAAGAAGAGCAGAGCAUAAGAAAAAGGAAAAAGCCUCAUCGCUUUAUUGCAUCUUCCUCAGAAAGUGAAAAGGGAGAUGGUUAGUAUAAACAGUAUAACUAAUGGUUCUAUUCAAUUUCUUUCCAAAAAAUAUUUUAAUAAUAUAGCUGUUUUGGGGAAAGGCAGUUAUUCUCCAGGAAUGUUAUAAAACUAUGUG